AUGCCAUCUUCAGCAUGGCCAGUCUUUGAUUUCUCGCCACAGGACGCGACCAUAGUAGAAGCUAAAUCCGUUACAGUUCAAUCGACUCAAAUUAACGAGUCGUGGGAUUUAGCAAGCAAAUAUUCCAGGUGGCGAAAACUCGUUCGAGUUACGGCGUAUAUUUUUCGAUUCCUCGACAAUUGUCGCAUAAGCGCGAAACGAGAAAAUAACACGCAGACAAGUCCUUUCGCCGUCUCAGCAAACGAAUUUGAAAGGGCAAGUUUGUUUUGGCUAAAGACGAUUCAAAGGGACAUGUUUUCGAGCGAUCUGAAAGCGCUUCGACAACGUCAACAACUCUCUCCUCGAAGCUCGAUACGAUCAUACGAUCCGUUCAUUGACGAACAAGGAUUGAUCCGGGUUGGUGGACGGCUGCAGAAUUCAAAUUUUCCAUACAAAACAAAACAUCCUAUUCUUCUCACAUCUCAUCCACUUAUCAUGCUGUUGAUUCGUGACGCUCACGUUCGAUCUCUCCACGCAGGAUAUCAAUUGACUCUUUCCAUUCUAAAGCAAGAGUACCUAAUAUUACGAGCUAGAACACUAGUCAAAGCAGUCAUACAUCGAUGCGUGACAUGCGCUCGUGAACAAGCCUCACGCCCCACUCAACUCAUGGGCCAACUGCCACGCGCUCGCGUGACCGUCUCAUCACGAGCAUUUCAGUAUUGCGGAGUAGAUUUUGCGGGACCCAUUGACACUCGAGCUUCAUCCGGUCGCGGGAUCAAAUCUAUCAAGACAUACAUUGCAGUAUUCAUAUGCUUGGCUACUCGAGCAAUUCACCUUGAGUUGGUAGGAGGAUAUUCAACUCAUGACUUCUUAAAUGCUUACACGAGGUUUUGUGCCCGUCGAGGAUUGCCGUCUGACAUGUAUUCAGACAAUGGAACGAACUUUAUCGGGGCAGAACAAGAAUUAGCAAGGGCUUACAAUGACGCAUUGAGAGAUCCAGAUUUUCUCAAUCAAACAGCAUCAGACAAAGUUUCCUGGCAUUUUAUGCCCCCACAUGCUCCUCACUUCGGAGGGCUUUGGGAGGCAGGAGUACGCAGCGUAAAAUAUCAUUUAAGGCGAAUCCUCGGUGCGCAUAAAUUAACUUUCGAAGAGCUUACCACUCUUCUAAGUAAGAUCAAAGCAUGCCUAAAUUCUCGACCUCUCGGACCUCUCACUGCGUCUAUCGAUGACUACGAGUCAUUGACUCCGGGGCACUUUCUCAUCGGGACCGCUCUAACUACGUAUCCCGAACCCUCUGUUUUACAUUUAACUGAAAAUCGCCUGUCACGAUGGCAGCUUGUACGACAACUUGUCGAACGGUUCUGGAAAAUUUGGCAAGCCGACUAUAUAAAUACAUUACAACAAAGGAGCAAGUGGCGAACGAAACAACCUUCGGUUAAAAUCGGAACCAUGGUAUUAUUGAGAAAUGCCACAUUACCGCCAUGCAAAUGGCAACUAGGAAGAGUAAUCCAAUGUUUUCCGGGCUCUGACGGUUUGACUCGCGUCGUCUUAGUGAAGACAGCGACUUCCGAAUAUAAGCGUCCUAUCGUACAAUUAUGCAUCCUUCCGAUUGAUAUCGAGACGCAAUCCGACGACGAGUCGGGCAAACCUCUAUAG